AUGGCGGGUGUCAAUCAUACGACUGCCUCUAUGGCCGCUGCCGAUGGCGUGCCCGGUCGCAAGCGCAAUAUGACUAUUGCGGGGAUGGAUAGUUCACCGGGCAGUAUCGACGACGCGGAGGAUAACGACCGCGAUGACAAGAGGCGCCAACCUGUAAAGCGCGCCUGUAACGAAUGUCGUCAGCAAAAGCUUCGAUGCGAUGUCAUUCAAGACCCUUGGACCGACUGUUCCAGAUGUCGUCGACUCAAACUCGACUGUAAGAUCGAGUCCAACUUCAAGAGAGUUGGGAAGCGCAGUCGCAACGCGGAAAUGGAACGAGAGAUUGUCCAGCUUCGGAAGCAAAUUGCUUCAGCAAAUUCCGGCCCAGGCACCUACCCGCAACAGCCACCGCUAGCUGCAGGCCAAGUGACGCCCAAGCAGGAAUCAAAUCAGGUCAGCCCCGCAGGUGUUUACCAAACGCCUUCGGCCAUGUCGGCAGAUCAGUACAUGGGCUCGCAGGAAGCGGUCGCGUCACUACUCGAUUUGCGUUCGGGAUUUGAUGGUUCCAACUACAUGCGGAACGGCAAUCAUCAAUUUAAACGCAUUGAAGAUGUGAUGGUAGUUCCGGAGAAGGUAACAGAACUGUUUAAUCUGUUCUUCACGUAUUACCAUCCAUUUCUUCCAUUCCUCAACCGCACGCAGACCCCAGACGACUACUAUACCACCUCGCCUCUACUUUUCUGGACAAUCAUCAGCGUCGGAGCUAGACGCUACCAAAGCGAUUCGGGCCUGUUGACUUCUCUCGCAGGGCCCGUCACGCGCCUUGUGUGGAGCACAUUGGCAGAUAUUCCCCAAAGCUACCACGUUGUAAAGGCGCUCUGCCUGCUCUGCUCAUGGCCAUUCCCAACCAGCAGUACCUCUACGGACCCAACAUUUAUGCUCUGUGGUAUGAUGAUCCAGGUCGCAAUGCAGCUUGGUCUUCAUCGCCCGUCGCACAGCCAAGACUUUAGCAAAUUCCGCGUGGAGCUUAUUGAAGAGGAACUAAGGGAUAAGGUGCAAACCUGGGCUAUUUGCAAUAUUGUUGCGCAGCGUGUAUCAACUGGUUAUGGCCAGCCCCCCUCUACACUCUACGACUGGACAUUGUCGAGUGACUCCUUGGACCCCAACUUCAAGUUACCUGCAGACAUUAGGCCUAGGCUGGAGGUUGAGAAAUUCUGUGACAAAAUCACCAGAGCUCUUUACAGCAAUCGACGAGACCCCGUCGGGCUUACCACGGACCAAGAAAGACAUACAAUGAUUUCUUUCCUUUCGCGUGACUUCGACGAGCUCGAGGAACAGCUGAAGGCGCAAAAUGAUUGUAAAUCCACCAUCUUCUCCCCCGCGUUGAAUCCUCUACUAACAGCGAGCUUAGCCAUAACUAACCUGUAUUUGCGUGCCGCAAACCUUCACUUGCACCUUUCUGCAUUUUUCGAUGAACCUUCAGCGAAAGACUACCGCGAACGUCUUCUCUCAUUAUAUGUCGCAACUACAACCUUCCUCGAGGUUGUCAUGAAUCUUGAAACGGACGUCGGGCCCGUGCUGUCCUAUACCCCCUAUUACAUUUACCAGGUGAUGGUUGCAGCUGGCUGUACUCUUCUCAAGCUGAGCAAGAGUUUCUUCUCAUCCCAUAUUGAUAUGGAGUACACGAAAAAUCUGUUCAACCGUACCAUCUGGGCCAUCCGUGGCGUGUCGGUCUCCAGUAAUGAUUUACCUGAACGUCUCGCCGAAGUACUUGCCCAGAUGUGGAGGCUUGGAGGUGGAACACAGCGAUCGACUGGAAAUAACACCGACGUGGAUGACUCUUUGAGGUUGAAGGUUCGCUGUCGAAUGAGCAUGUCUCUGCUUUUCGACUCGGUAUGGCGAUGGCGAGAGGAUACGCGGACUAAAGGUCGAAACAUUGAAGCAUAUCUCAAAAACCCCACCAACCCCGAUUCUGCAGCAGAUUCAUCUGCCGCGUCCUCCGUUGGCCUGCCACGCACCCAGUCAUCCACGCCUGGAAUUUCUGGUAGUGACCCAAGUCUUGCACCUGCACCUAUGCUGACGCAACCUAGCCUUGGAGUACAAGCUCCAGGCAGUAGCGUCACCGGACUCCCGAGCGGAUUCAUGGAGCCGAACUACGAGGUAUUCGACCCGCUGAACUGGCUGCUCGACGGCCUGGUAGACCUGCCGUACUCAUACUCUACGAUGGGCGGCAUGGAACCCCAGGGCAUUGCAUAG